AUGGCUGUGUACUGCUAUGCACUCAAUAGCCUGGUGAUCAUGAAUAGCGCCAACGAGGUGAAGAGUGGCGGUGGCCCUGGUCCCAGCGGCAGUGAGACGGCCGGGUCGCGAGGGAGGGCCGUGCUGAGCCCCAGCAGCGUUUUCAGCCCCGGGAGAGGCACUUCUUUCGUCUUUCCUUCAGCCGAGUCGCUGUCGCCCGAGGAGCCCGGGAGCCCCGGGGGCUGGCGGAGCAGCCGGUGCAGGCUGAGCAGUAGUAGCGGCAGCAGCGGCAGUGUGAGCAGCCCGAGUUGGGCCAGUCGCCUGAGAGGGGACGGGCAGCAGGUGGUAGCCACCAGUACCCUUUCCCCUCCAGGGCCUGAGGAGGCCAAGAGGAAGCUGCGGAUCCUUCAGCGCGAGUUGCAGAAUGUGCAGGUGAACCAGAAAGUGGGCAUGUUCGAGGCGCACAUCCAGGCACAGAGCUCUGCGAUUCAAGGGCCCCGCAGCCCGCGUUUGGGCAGGGCUCGCUCGCCCUCCCCUUGUCCUUUCCGUAGCAGCAGCCAGCCUCCUGGAAGGGUCCUGGCUCAGUGCACCCGGAGUGAGGAACGGAGGACAAAGUCCUGGGGGGAGCAGUACCCAGAGACUUCAGAGACCAACUCUCAGAGAAGAGAAGGUGUGCUCAGCUUGUGUCCAAGGAAAGACAAAGAGGGAGUGGCACCUCUCUCUGCUCUGGCUGUCACUAAGGGACCAGGGGUUCAGAGUCUAGAUGCUUCUGUGAGGAUGGAGAAAGGGGUCCCUACCAGUCCCCCCUGUACCUCACCCAUAGCUAUGGAAAUUGGUCAGAGGGUCUCUCCUCAGGCAGUAAGGCUGAGCUGCCAGGCUGCCUCCUUGGGGCUGGACAGAGUGAGCUUUGUGAUGUCCACAGAAGUAACACUGGGAGUCACAUCCAUUGGGCCACACCAUCCACACAAUCCUGCCCUCACUGAGCUUGGAGAUGUGUCCGCCCGGGAGGCCCUGGUGGAGAGGCAGCCGCCAUUUCUGGGCAGUGAGAGAAACCCAGUCUUAGAGAGGGGUGGCCUAUGCCGUGGGGAGCCCCCUGAGAAGGUGGGGAAAGGAAAUCUGCCCUGUGGCACGCUGGGCUCCUGGGUGCCUGAAGCAGGCAAAAGGCCAGAGGAGACAACUGUGAAUGCACAAUGCUUGGAGCCCUCUAACGUCCAGAGCUGGCCUGGACUGCCCAGAGACCUGGCAUCUGAGGAGGCCCGAAGAGGGGUCCUGGUGGUCCGGGGACCUCAGCAAAGUUCCCACCAAGGGGAGGAAGGGUCUCCGACGCUUGGCUUGCUUGGAGGCAGCCAGUCUGCACAGCUGGGGACCCGAGAGAUGGAGAUAGGGAUUCCCUCUGGUGGAAUGCUGGAGCCUUUGUCCUGUUGGGAAACAGCAAAAGAUUGGAAACAGCCAGGCCUUGAGGACAGGGUGUGUGUGCAACCUGACAACUCCCGAGCUUGGCUGGAUCCCAUGGGAGAAGCAGGUGUAGCUUGGACGUGUGGCACAGGGAUACAAUCGGAGGGCACUUGGGAGAGCCAGCGGCCGGACAGAGAUGCUCACCCAAGCCCAGAGCAGCUGGCUGCAGAUCAGAAGGACAAGCCUUCCCAGAGGGAGGUCUGCAGCCCCAGUGCUAUACCUGCUGUCAUCAUUACAGACCUAGGUGCCCAGGAAGAUGGGGGCUUAGAGGAGACGCAGGGAAGCCCUCGUGGCAACUUGCCCCUGAGGAAACUGUCCUCUUCCUCUGCCUCUUCUACGGGUUUCUCAUCUUACGAGGACUCAGAGGAGGACAUCUCCAGUGACCCUGAGCGCUCCCUGGACCCUAACUCGGCCUUCCUGCAUACCCUGGACCAGCAGAAGCCCAGAGUG